UAUACAUAUGUAUUAUGUAUAUAUAUGUCACACACAUACAUACACUCUGUCUCUCUCUCUCUCUCUCCACCAUAUAUGUGUGUGUGUGUGUGUGUAUAUUAUAUGUGUAUCUAUAUAAGACGUCAGUUUUAUGUGUCUGGCUUACUUUGGAUAUAUAGAGUUGCCGCGCCGUGUGUGUAAAAACAGCCAGCCUUCCUUCUCUUGGUCUCUUUACAAAGCAUCGCUUAUAUACUGUUUCUCUCUCUCUCUCAUAUAUAUAUAUAUAUAUAUAUAUAUAUAUAUAUAUAUAUAUAUAUACAUACAUACAUCAACAUUGGAUUCUGUAUUUCGUACACAUACUCAGAAAAGACCAGACUGCCAAAUUGCUAUGGUUCAUCUAAUGAUAAUGUCAAUGACACUACUGAUAACUGCUGUUGCUAUUGCUACAAGUUCUUCCACAACUACUGAUCUCCAAGAAACUUCAGAAUUAUCAUCCUGUGCUCAGCCUUUGCAGAAACAUCUAUAAAUAUGAACUGGUCUUUUCACUUUCAUCACCUGAGGUGUUGCCAGUGCUGCUAACUCAGGUGGACUAAUGCAGGCUACAAAUAGGUCCUGCUAGCCAAUGGUAGCAAACCAUGUCUGUGCUCCGCAAUGUUUUUGGAGGAUGUGUUUCUAAUAAGAGCACAGAGAAUAUAAAAACUGAAAAACUUAAAUUUGGUGUCGCUAUUUCAGUAGCCUUAAAAGCAGAUUAUAUACCACGUCCAUUUGUGGAUCUCCUUGUAUAUAUUGCCAAAGAAGGUGUCACAACAACUGACUUAUUUCGGAGGCCAGGUAACCCUUAUGAUACCCGACGGAUUGUCAAGCGCUUAGAAGAAGGAAAACCUGUGAUAUUUACCAAUUAUAACUUUUAUACUCUGGCAUCUGUUGUCAAGAAAUUUUUAUUAAAAUUACCAGGCGGCAUUUUUACACCAAGCGGAGAAGAAAAAUUGCUUGAAGUUCUUAACAUGUCUGAAUAUUCCGAUCAGUGUCAGCAUGUUAAUCAGUUUAUCCAGUCCCUUAGUGUUAGUCACCGUCAACUUGUUUCUUUACUGUUUGGAAUAUGGUUUCGUAUUGUUAAUCAUUCCGAUAUCAAUUCCAUGACAGUGGAAACAUUGGCUCGGAGUGUUGCUGGAAGCAUGUUUUUGACAUGCGCUGAUGACCCAGACAAAGUGGAACUAGCUAUUCGGAUUAUGCAAUUGCUCAUUGACAAUUUCGGAGUAGCCAAUAUGUUUGGCCAUGAAAAUAUUACCUACUUCACACAAACUACACUCACUGGUAUUAAUGUGCGGGAAAAAUUUCGCUAUGAAUAUAAUUACCCACCUGAGGAAAUCCUGCCUCGUGCCGAUGCCCUGCCCUGGUUUAAUUUUAUCCUGCAAGAGGAAGCCAAAAUACAUGGGUUCGAUCUCCAGCAACAUGCUAUAAAUAAGGAAGAAUUUUACAAUCAAACCCUACCUCAAGUGCGUUAUCAAUCAGAUGAAUAUGUUGGUUUGAGAAGACCUGCCCGAUUUGAUGGCAGCAAUAUCCGUUCAGAAUCUGUGGGUCCCAAUUGGCCAUCUUCCAACCGAGAGUCUCAUUCUGGUGAAGACUUACAACUAGUCGUCAAUGUUACAACGGCAUCAGCACCUGAAGUUUCAACUAUCCCUUCUCCUGAUAUUAGCAAGCGUCCCAAAUCCUUAGAAGAUAAUCUAAAUGAAUUACGAAGUGACCAUAAGACAAAAUGUUUGAGUCGCUACAACUCUGUAAGGCGCCGGCAGUUGGAGCGUUUACGGCAGAGAUCAGACUGGUUUCUUGGACCUCUGAACGAUAGUGUUUGUAGUAAUAGAAGUGGUGCCAGCAAUAACCAAAACGGUGAAAAUAUUGGCAGCAGUAGCAGUAUGGUAGAAGGUGUAUGUUGCGGAGAAGAAGGCAUUGAAAAACAGCAGCACCAGCCACUCAAAGCAAAAAUCUCUGGCACUUCUGUAACAAAGUCUUCAUCAGAGGGUGCUGAACUGGAUGUAAUUGGCUCUGAUGCAGAUAGUGUUUUUACGGACAACACCAGUCGAAGUGAGUCUCCAGCUUCUGAACCAAUUAGGAGUUUAGAUAUGCGUAAACCACGCACUGUAAUACAUAGUGACACUGUAGUAGAUGCCCUGUCAGUGACUGAAAAUGUACCAGAUACACAUGAUAUAAAACAGACCUGUGAAAAUGGAGAACAAAGUAAUGUGUGUUAUUUCAUGGUUAAACACAAUUAUGGGGAAACUAAUUCCUAGCAUUGUACUUAUAUCCAGAAUUUUUUCCCCCUGCCAUGUUUUUUUUAAAAAUAUCAAAAACAAACAAAAAAACAGCAACAACAUAUAAAAAAAAAAGAAGCCACUCUGAUUGUCAUCAUUAUCAUUUUUUUUAUCAUUGACAUUUUUAAAAUGAUAUUUUUAAAAUUAUUUUAGAUUACUUAUGAAAUAUUUUAAAAUAUUACAUAUACAUUUAUACACACACACACACAAACACACACACAUAUAUAUAAAAAGUACAGAAGUAAGUUUCAACUAUGUGCUUACUUUUUUUCCCUGCCCUUUCAUAAUUUUAAAGGUUGAAAUGGUUCAUAAAAUUUUUCAAUAUUUCCAAAUUUAUAAAAAUUCUUUUAGACUCUAGAAAAACUGAAGCCAUUAUCUUUUCUUUUUUAAUUAUCCUUUCCUUUUCUUUCUCUCUCUCGCUCUUUCUAUCUCUAUUUCCCAGUUAUCUUUUCAAAAUAACAUCUGCAGAAUGCACAAUCUAUUUAUUCUUGAAAUUAUCCCCUUAAUGAAAUGAUGCCUUAGAAAUUUAAUUGAACAAACUUUGUCUCAAGAAGAUUAGACUUACUGUUGCUCUCUUAAACACUAAAAUUUAAUCACAUAAUCAAUUAGCUGAAAAGAUGACUUGUUUUUUGUCCAUCAAUAAAAAAUGUUAAAGGAGAAAAAAAAAUGUUCUCUGUUAAAUCACUGAUCUCUAAAAAAAUUUUAGUUAAAUAUCAUCUUUUAUCUCAUUCAUUAAGUUACUGUUUUCAUCUCCUAGCCUUCCACAGCUAUCCACAAAAUAUCUUUAUACUGAUAUUUCUGUUUUUACUCUAGCAACUUUCCUCAAACUCUGUCAUUUAGUUUAUUUUCAUCACUAAUAAAUUGGCUUUUAAGAAAACAUAUUAUACAACACACAAAGAAGAAAGAAAAAUGACACUUAAAUAAUGAUACUAGAAAAGUGUGUGCAAUUAUUAACAGUACAUAUACAGAGAUAAUAAAUCAUUUAAAAAUUAUAUAAUGGUUAAUUGAUAGUUACUUUUCAUUAGUUUACAUUAUAAAUUUAACUUUUAAAUAUGUUUUGAAAAUCUGUAAUGAGAAUAUGCACUAAUUUUUUUUUUUUUUUCAAACUUAUGUUGGUGUUUCUUUCCCUUUUUCCUCUUAUUUAUUCCUAUAUUUUUUCAUUUGUUUAAUGAAUUAAAUCAUGGUCAUUUGAUUAAUUUCAAAUCUUCAGAGAUAAAUUAACUUUAAUUUUGUUAGAUAUCAACUUUAAUCUCUUCUUUUCUUUCUCAAGUAUGACUUUCCCAUCUUUAAUACUCGUCUUUAAAGUUUUUAAUCACACAAUUCAAGAAAUGCUAAGCCACCCUCAUUGGUAGCAUUCUGUUUCCUCAGACCAGACCGUUUUUGUCUUUAAUGUCUGUACAGAGAACCUUGUUUGAUCACUUGGCCCAAAAGGAUAAAUGAUGCUUCCCAUUGUGUCUUAGCAUAUUUUACAAAUGCAGAAAAACAUGAAGCAUGUCCUAGUUGGGACAGUAAAUCUCUUGAGAUGCUCCUCAGCGUUAAGCGACAUUUUAGUUAUUCUUCUUGUGGCAUAGGUCUACUUUAAAAAAAGGUUGACCAUUGUUACUUAAAAGUAAGAAUAACAAUAUAAAUGUAAAGUAUACAUCUUAUGCCUUACAUGUCACUGACCAAUAAUUGAUGCUACAUCUUGAUACCCAUUAUUAUUAAUUCCUAGAAUAAAUGUAAUCUCAUGAAUUCACCAUGUUUUGGAUGGUUGGCUUUAAAAAGAUGCUGAUAGUCUUCCAUUGAAUACUGAUUCACUCGGAAUUGUUGCUUGCAAAUAAUCACACACACACACCACCUUUUAUUAAUUAACUAUCAGAAAAAGAAAUUGCGUGUCCUAUAACCUGCUCCUUGAGAAAAAGAUAUAUCCUUAUGUAAUAUUUCUGCUUACAUAGGUGAAGAACUGUGGCCUACAACUUGCAACCUACAUAUAUACAUUCACUUUUAGCUAUUGAGAUUGUAAUAGGUAUCAUUUAUAGGCAUCAAUCACUCAAAACUUGAGUUUAGUCAAUGUCUAUGCUUAAUUUGUUUUUAUGUGCAUGCAUAUUGCAUGUGUGAUGGUGGUGGUGGUGGUAGUGGUGAGGAGGGGCAUGUCUACACUGACUAAUUCUAUGGUUCUUACUUCCUACAAUAGCUGGAGUAUCCUGUCUGCCAACAAAUCAACCAAUAGGUAAUGCAAAACUUGCACAAAAGAAAUGUAAGCUACCAUAUCUGACAUUCAGAACACUGAACUCCUCUGCCUUGCUUUUUAAAUCCAAAUGUUUAAUGAAACAUUUAGUGUUCAUAUAUGCACAAGUCUUAAAUCUCACAGAAAGUCUUCCUUGUUUUAUUGCUAGCAUUGCGUUUGUGUGUGUGUGUGUGUGUAUCUGUAAUCCAUAUCAUCUUAUCUUCACAAUUCUUGAGAUUCAUCUACUCUCAUUUUCUUUGCAUCACAAUUCUAUUGAACUAUGAUGCGAUACCUUUAAUAGGCUGUUUAAAUCAGUGUUCUUGCUGUAAGGUCAUCUAUCUAAUAUCAUGGUUAUCACUCACAACUUUAAAAAGAAUAAUAUGUAAAAAUAAUACUUUCUGCUAUAAGUAUAAGGUUUGAAAUAUGAGGGUAGGGGACUAGACAAUUACAUUGAUCCCAGUGCUCAAAUGAUACUUAUUUCAUUGAUCCAAAAGGAUGAAAGGCAAAGUUGUCCUCAGCAGAAUUUGAACUCAAAAUAUCAAACAUUUUGUCUGGCGUACUAAUGAUUUUGUCAGCUUGCUGCCCAAAUAGUCCUUUCUACUAUAGGCACAAGGCUUGAAAUUUGAUGGGAGGGGGAUAUUCAAUUACAUCAACCCCAGUGCUCAACUAAUACUUAUUUCAUCAACCCUUUACUGGAUGAAAGACAAAGUUGACCUCAGCAGAAUUUGAACUCAGAAUACAAAACCGGACAAAAUGCUUUGUGGCAUACUGUCUAGCAUGCUAAAACUUCUGCCAAGUCAAUGCUGUAUACUAUAUAAAAGUAAUGAAUUAUAAAGUACACACAGUGAAAAUAACAAUAGGCUGCUAGAUUAAAUUAUUAUUUGCAUGGACUAAAUCUUUCAGCAUUAGUUCCAUCUCUCCAUAUUCUAAGUACUAAUCAGGAACUGAAGUCUAUUCCAUUCACUACAAGUUUGUGGCCUUGUGAGAAAUCUUCAACAUUAUGAUGGCUGUUUUCAGAUUCUGCCAAAGUUGACUUCAAUCUUUCAUUCCAUUGGGUGCCAACAAUAUAUAUACCAUUCAAGCACUGGGGGCAGUUUAGCCAGCAAUAUCUCUCCCUUAAAAUACGUGGUUUGAUGUCAGUAUAAGAAAAUACCCCCCCCCCCCCAUGGUGCUCUUCUUAUCUUUACAGUUGUUACAACAGUUACUUUAUAAUUGUUUCUGAUUUAGACACAAGGCCAGUGGGGUUAGUGAUACCUUUGACCCCAACACUUGACUGGUAUUUUAUUUUAUCAGUCCUAAAAGGAUAUAAAACAAAGUUGACCUUAGUAAGAUUUGAACUCAGAACAUAAUGUUGGAAGAAAUGUCACUAAGUAUUUUGUCCGGCAUGCUAACAAUCUUGCCAACUUGCUGCCUUAAUAAUAAUAAUAAUAAUGAUAAUGAUAAUAAUAAUAGAAAAGAAUAUUGUUAUUAUCGUAACACUAGUAGCUGAAGACUUUAAGGGUUAAUGUAUAGUAUGUGCUUCCAUACUUGUGCUUUACAAAAAAAUGACAGGAAGAGAUAAUUAUAUGAAAUAAAGAUUGCUUAACCUCUUGAGUAUUGAUAAA